GCUUCUUUACGUAAUAGGAUUUCAGUUUGUUGAAACAUUGGAAAGUGUUAAUUUGUUUCUCUUGAACAGCUUUGUUUGACAUCUUCUCUGGAACAUGAGCUGUGACGGCUUCACACACUCUUAGGAAAAAAAAGGUGCUCUCUAGAACCUAAACGUGUUCUUCGGCUGUCCCAUAUUAGAGCCCUUUGGAGAACCCUUUUUGGUUACAGGUAAAACCCUUUUAUUCCAGAUAGAACCCUUUCCACUGGGGGUUCUACAUGGAACCCAAAAGGGUUCUUCAAAGGGCUCUCCUAUGGGGACAGCUGAAUAAGCCCUUUGGAAUCCUCUUUCUAAGAGUGCAGAGUAGCUUCCACUAUUGGAGCUCAGCAGGAUACACAGUAGGUUACAGCAUACUACGAAUACCAUGGAUUGUUACGCGCUAAAUGGAAUGGUGCGUGGGCUGGUGCUUCUGAUCAGGGAAUGCCCUCUGCUGGUGGACAUGGGAGCAUUAGAGAAGUGUUACCAUGUCAUGGACCGGCUAUGUGAGCAGUGUGUGAAGUAGCAGGAUAUGAACGAGGUGCUGGCCAUGAAGAUGCACUACAUUAGCUAUGUGCUGCAGAAAUGCAUGGCCUUUCUUCUGGACUGUGAUUUAUUAUUUAUUUUUUUAUUUUAUUUUUUUAUUUCACCUUUAUUUAACCAGCCUGUUGAAGGGGCGGGAUGGAGAUGGUUUUCCUCCAGUACCAGGAGAAGUUCAUUACAGACUGCAUCAGAAAGUUUCCCUAUUGUGAAGCCGCACUGCUACAGCAGCAGGUCAUGAGCAUCGCACCAGUGGAGAUCGGUAACGACCGGACAGCGUUCUCAGUGUUAACCCAGGCUCUCACAGACGAGGAGAGUGACAUGGUGAAGGAGACAGCCAGCUUCCUGGCAGAGCUGCGUUUUUAAGGCAGAGGAGCAUUGCGUCGUUAAGGUGUCCUAGUCCCUCAGCGCCAGACCAGCUAAACUGCCCCUCCACAUCCUCAGAGGGACCACCAUCCUGCCACCAGGAAUGAGAAGUACUGCUGGUGUUCUUUUCUACUGGGUAGUUAAUUGAUUCAUUGAUUAAUGUUACUGAUUGGCCAGAGUUCAGUGAUAUUAAUAAUGAAGUUAUAUUGAACUGAAUUGAUUCCAUUCACUUGGUGUAUGAGGUCUGAAUCAAUCCCUGAUUUAAAGGAGAAUGAUGAAAAUCAGCAUUAUUACUGAUUGGCCAGGAUGUCCAGAUUGAGAGUGAGGAUGAAUAAUUUAUUCACCAAGCAGCUGGACUGGAGUUUAAGGAAGGACUGUUGCUAUGGACCCAAUGAGGUCUAUUCUGUUUAGAAUAGGGGAGACUGAAGUAUUCAGGGUGUGUAUAUGAUGUACAAUAGCAUAUUGGGUGUGUUUACACAGGCAGCCCAAUUCUGAUCUUUUGCCCAAAAAAAAGUCUUUUGACCAGUCAGAUCAGAUCUUUUGUUGAAAAUUGGGCAAAAGAUCAGAAUUGGACUGCCAUUGUAAAAACAGCCAUUGAGGUGUAGCUGUAUUGGCUCUAAUGUGCUUUGCUAGUUUGCAUGUGUUUUGAGAAAAUUCUUUCUUAUUUCAAAUGUGAGCCUUUAAUAAUCUUUAAUGUCUUAAAAUAACAUUUUCCUCCCUUACAUUAGUAAUGUGAAAAAUGCUUUCAUGUAUAAAUAGGACCACCUUACUGAACAAUACCUGUCAUUGUUGUGGCAGUGGAUAAAACACACAAUAUGUGUCACUCUAAACUUGUGAUUUCCUUCUAUAACUUGAGACCCAUGGAUCAUCUUACCAGUGAUGUAUCCAUAUCCGUCCAUGUCACAGAUGAUCCACGGAUGGCCCAAUGACGAUCUGGCUUCAAUGCUGGACCAACAUUUACACCCAAAUGGCAUUUGUUUUGUUUUCCAGUUUUACAUUUUCAAUCACAUCAAUAAAGAGUGCCUUAAUAUUUGUC